AUGGCCUACUCAGCUGCCAGCUCUACUGACCUGCAAAACGUACAACUGCUCACCAUUUCAUAUAUCCCCGACUUUGGUAGCGAUACGACCACUUUCAGCGCUUCCACCAGCGGAGCUGUCACUUGGGCAUCGGACGAGGCAUUUUCACUUACUGCAAACGACGCAGACUUUCGAGAUGCAGCCAGACAUGACCCCCACCGGGAUUUCAGCAUUACUUGUUGGGACAAUGGUCUGUGGCACGCCGAUAGGCCCGUGGACAAGCAUCUCGAGGAAGUGGUCCACGCACUGGCCAAAAAGGUGUCGGUCGUGCAAAAUAUCGGCCCCCAAGCUCCACAACACGAAGGCGGCAACCAGGAACAGCUGGAGUCUGACCUUAUGUAUUUAGGAGCAUGGACAGCCACUGGCUCAAGCAGCUGA